GAUCACCGAACACACUGAAUAUUCAAAGGUUUGUUGGUAAUAAAUCGCGUGUGGCAAAUAUUUUGGUCAAUUUUUGUGUAUUAUCUCGGCAAUAAGUUCAAAAGAUCAGCGAACAGAACGAGGAAAUAAAAAAAAGUUUGGAAUGAGUGCGCGUCUUUUUAGUUUAUUGAAAUUAUAAUUUGAUUAUAUACCACCACCGUCGAAUGGUUGUUUAUUACGGGCCAAGAUUACGUAUUAUUGCAGUACAUAACAAAUUUUAGUUUCAUACCAAAUUUGGUGAUGAGAUAAACAAUGACCUAGCAGUAUUUCGAUUAUCAAAAAUAAAGCCGUAAAAUUCAGUUAGUUGAUGAGGAGCUGCUUAGAGUUCGCUGAUAAAGUUUUAGCAGUUAACAAACGUUGGCUGCAUUUCAAUGUAAGAUUUUGCCAAUUAUCUGUGAAUCUUUUCACUCCAAAAUGGACCAGCCGAGCGUCAAACCGAGUAAUAAGAAAAAUCCCAUCGUUCGGGCGGCUCAACGACAUUAUGGAAAUACUACCUGCAAAAUUAGUCAAAAACAGUACGACCGAGAGAAGUUUUUGUUUGGCAGUGUAAAAUUCAAUCCAUGGAUUUUGAUGCCAGCCGCGGUAGUUGUGCAAUUUUGUACUGGUUCUGUGUAUGCUUGGAGCGUAUUUAACGCACCAAUCGAUAAUGCGAUUUCGGGUGAUGUUAAGAUAUCUCAAGCGCCAGUAACAUUUUACAUCGCGUUCGGUCUACUGGGAUUUUCGGCUGCCGUUAUGGGGCCUUGGUUGGAAAGAAACGGACCGAAAAAAGCUCUCCUAGUAUCUUCGACUGCCUUUUUCAUUGGACAUUUAUUAGCAGCACUUGCAAUUUACCUGAAAUCCAUAUGGUUGUUGUACAUUGGGUAUGGAGUUAUCGGUGGCUUUGGGAUCGGUUUGAGUUACAUUACACCCGUGUCAAUACUUCAGAAAUGGUUUCCUCAUAAAAAGGGUCUUGCAGCUGGUGUUGGUGUGUGUGGCUUCGGAGCUGGAUCAAUUGCAGUGGGUAAAAUCAUUCUUCCGAUAAUAAGCUGGGUUGGAUUACCUGGAACAUUUUUGGUACUGGGAUCGUCAUUUUACUUUUCAAUGAUUUGUUCGGCGCUAGUGUUUCGUGUUCCUGAACCCGGCUAUUCAGUAAAUACUGCCAAUGUAGCGGAGACAAAAGAUACGCCAGUAUCCCCGUCGACUUCAAUUAAGUUAACUUUAAAGGAAUCUCUCAUGUCCAUCGACUACGUGCUACUUUACAUAACGUUCUUCAGUAAUAUUUUAUUCGGACUUUUGGUGAUAUCUCGGUUUUCUGACAUGAUUACGAAACUGUUUGAAAUACCGGCAGACACGGCAUCAACAUUGGUUUCGAUUAACGGUGUUUUUAAUUUAAUGGGAAGGCUGAUUUUUUCUACAUUGUCAGACAAAAUUGGAAGAAAAGCCUGUUUCCUCAUAAUGUUAAUUACGCAGACCAUAAUCAUUGCAUCGUUCCCAUAUUAUGUGGAGCAUAAAAUUUAUUGGCUAUUUGUACUGAGCAUGAUAGUGCUAUCGACCUGUUAUGGUGGUGGAUUCGGCGUAUUGCCUGCAUACCUAAACGAUAUGUUUGGUUCACACAACAUCUCAGUCUGCUAUGGUUUAGUUUUGACGGCAUGGUCAUUUGCAGCAAUUUUCGGAGGUUUCAUAUUUACAACCGUUUACGAUUACCAAGUGGCAACGGGAAGUGGAAAUCCAUCAGAUCCUAUACCAUACAUCAUCAAUUCAUAUUGGAUAUUAGGCUGCGUUACGUUUGGCGUAUUGGCGACCAGUCUUGUAAGACCCGAACUAAAGGACAGACUGUUACCGUCCUUUGAAGGACAAUGGUUUCGGCGCAGAUUUUUCAAUACCGUUUUUGUUGUCAAACGGGUACGAACUCUACCUGAGAUCGAAAUUAUUGGCUCAAAGAAAUUUGAUGAAAUGUGGGAAGAAUAUCUGAAGCGUCGCGACGUUCCUAACAACACGAAAUUCAACGCAGAAUGCACGGACGCCGUAUAAACUGGCGAGUCCUAGACGUUAACGCGUCUUAAAGAGGCCGAUGGGUGAGUCGUGUUUUACUCAAAUUAUUUUUAUUGAAAAACGAUGUUGAACAACUAGGGCUAGUGUCAAUAAAACCCAUUUUUCAAAUUUUUAAAACCUA